UUCGUCCUGGUGCUCAUUAUCUGCGAUGUCUUCCACCCCACUGAACCUGGACGAAGAGGCUCGGCUAUACACAACUAACGCGGAACGCGAGAAAUACGGACUUCUGGCUACUCUGUUUGGGAUCAUUGUCGCGCUGGAGUACCUCGAGCGCGCGUAUGUACGGGAUUCGGUCACCGCUGCCGAGUAUUCUCCAGCUUGCACGCGACUACUGUCGCAAUACAAGACCAUGCUGAAGCUCGUCGGGGACGACGUGCCGUCAAUUGAGCAAUUCAUGUCGAGAUUUCGGAUGGAUCACCCAGCCGCGCUAUACCGAAUACAAGUGGGAGUACCCGCUACGGUCGAGCAUUCUAGCGAGGCCGGGCCUGAGACGUCCAAAUGGGUGGCAGAAACGACACAAUGGUUUAUCACCUUUGCCGAUGCCUUGAAGUUGGGCAUGCGCGCCAAGGAUCAACUGCACCCGCACCUGCAGGAGCUAGUGACGAGCUAUGCACGCUUCAAGGGGAGCAAGGACUGGGAAGGUCGCAGCAAGAUGGUUGGAUGGCUGAUCACCCUAAAUGGAAUGAAGGCGUCGGAACAGCUCACCGAGGAGCAGGUUCGGCAGCUGUCGUUUGACAUUGAGCACGCUUAUGGUGAAUUCAUGAGGAGUCUAAGCGGCAAGGAGGACUAAUCGUAAUCCUGAUGUGAUACGACGGCUUUCUCGGACACCUGCCGUGCCGAUGCGUCGAUGUAUGUGUCGUUUGUCGCCGAGAGGCGAGUGUUGCUGUACUUUCUAUACGAUCGCGUGACAUGC